GUGAACUUUACGAUGAUUUUUAGCUUSAAAACGAAAAAAGGAUAUCCCUGUCUUCCGUGAGAUAAAUCUGUUGGUUAUUGGCAUGCAUGAAUAGCAUUGAUUAACGACGAAAAAUGAACCGUUUCUGCACAAACCACSACAUUAUAGAACAAGUAGUGAUAGCAAAGUGUCCUUUAUUCAAAGUAUAAUAGUUUUCAUGUGUUUUUCACUUGAUUUCGCUCUAUGCUUGGACUGGGAGACGUGAAUAGGCAGACGAUCAGCAAAUGUCUUCAGAAAGCCAACUUCUUUUGCCUGCUGGUUGCUCUCGCCGUUCUAGCUUGCGUCCAAUGCCUAGAGGAGAGUUCACAACAUUGCCUUCCCAUGGAACCUCGAUACCACGUGACAUUACGUGGUGGUAUUGCUGCAGGGGACUACAUGAAACUUGGUAAAGUUGACAAUUACACAACAUGUGCCAAAUACUGUUGCUUGGAUUCGAAAUGUGAUCUUGCUUUCAUGGCCGACGACAUGUGUUACAACUUGCACUGUUACAGUUCAAAACAAUGUGAAACGAGUCCUAGUGAACAGUCUCGCUUCAAAGUCUCUGUCACUUACAUAAAGAGAGRUGUUGAUGGUAAAACAAUGACAACAAUUUUAGAUAAAACAACAYAUGUUCAUGGAAGCACGUUACAAAAUAACUCAAAAACUAAUGUUGGUUCCUCAGCUGCUUCUGCAAAAAAUGCAACAACAAGCAGCAUGAUCCAAGCACAGACUAUGGACAAUUCUUCAGCGAAUAAUAAUAAUUCGUUUGAAAAUCACGAGCAAGAAAAUGCCGACAAUGCAACAUCAGAAGGGAAUUUCACAAAAUAUGAAAAUUCGUCUGAUACAAUACCCAAAGUGAUGGUGUAUUGGAAAAAUGAUUCUCAUAUUGUCGUAAAAGAAGUUCUAGACAUUAUCAAAUCCAACACAACUUCCACCUCAAAAAAGGCUAAUAUUACGUCUAACAUCACAAUGGAAAAUAAGGAAAGUACGAGAAGACCUGCCAUUGAUGACAAUACAUCAAACAACGCUAAACACAAGCAAAUCAAAGCUUUYAAUUCAUCAAUGGAUACUUUUUCCAAGAAAAGUAGCUCAGAUGUUAAUAGAACUAAAAGUUCUAAUGAGACCAGUAUAAAGCAAUUACAUAAAUUAAAACUUGAAAAUAUUUUAUCAGUCGAUAGAGGCGUGAAAUCAAGAAAUCACACCCAAGAACARGUCGAAAAGGGGCUUUUGGAAAGCUUUCUUCAUUCUAACRCUACUGGAAGGAAUGAAACAAAUACCUCCCUUGACACGGAUAACAUAUUAAAUUUUGAACAAACUCGAGGRGAAUCGUUUCAAAGUAAAGAAAAUGGGACUGAAUUUGAUAUAAGUAGCACUUUUAGUGGGCCUCAAAGUCCUCAGAUGAACAAUGGUAUGUCAGCAACCAACACACAAGGAAGUAGGCCAACUACUUUUGAUUUCAGUAGCCCGUUGACGGGAGGUACUCAAAGCRCACAGCUAAACUCUASUUCGUCUGMAACGAAUUACCAAAGUGCAAAUUUAAGCAGCCCCUCGAUGGGGAACCAAAAUGAUCAGUUAAACUCAAAUUUGUCGCUCACGAACGAAGGAGGCGCUACAUCUCCUAUCAMCAGAUUUAAUUCUGUAAUGAACUCCAAUUCGUCUUCAGUAAUCAAUUUGAGUCUUAGACAAAAGACUGCCGAAAGACAAUGCUAUUCUAACGGGAUUUUGUUUAACAAGACAUUAGUUCAUGGACUUAAAUCAGGAGAUUUCAGUGAUUUUGGAGURGUUCCCGACAUGGCUACRUGUGUCAGGUUUUGCUGCGGAGACAAGGCGUGUAAUAUGGCUUUAAUGCUUGGUUCAACRUGYUAYACYYUGCACUGCGCUAGUCCAGAAUACUGCAAGGUSAGACCAGCUCAUCCGUCAUCGUUAAACCCAAGAAUAAGCUUUGUCACCCAGUUAAAUUUACCCARUAUUGCAAGUGCAAGAGAUCGUGAUAAGAGCAAAUUAUUACCUGUUGUUACUCCACAAAAGAAGGUAUCAAAACGCAUAAAAGGYUCGCGGUGUCAGCACGGAUCAAUCCAGAGUGACGUCACUUUGAAAAGUGGUCAAAAAGCGGGKUUUUUCAARCUUCGUCCAAARGCAAAGGACAUGGAUUCGUGUCUAGAUUCAUGYUGCAAGGAAGUCUCAUGCAAUGUUGCGUUUCUCAUCGACAAGWCGUGCUAUUCUGUGCAGUGCAAAAGCCAYGAGGACUGCGCUAUAGUAAAGAAGGGCAAGUCGUCCAAGGUUCGAUCGUAUUUGUCAGUAGUCAGGAGUAAGAUUCUACCAAUGAAUGACAAGAGACAACAGAUCCCUAAACAAGCAAAYCAAUAUGUCACAGUAAUGAAUAUCACAAACAAAGCAUUCACUGCGCCAUUAGCUGACUUCGAAUCACUUGAGUUCCUGAACCUUGGGGUGAAAAUCCAAACAGCGAUUUCAAUGCAGCUUUCAAGUUUUAAAGAGUUCAAAGAGUCCGAGGUCAUUUCAUUCAAACCAAGCCCUCUAAUGACAAAAGUCAAACUGACAGUUUCGGAUGGUGCAAAAAUUAAAGAAAUUCUUCUUCAAUUGGUAAAGACCAUCAAAUAUGGCAAGAUGGAAUCAUCUAUCGAUGGUGUUGUAGAGACAUUCGAAUUAAGCACAUUUGGGUUUCAAUUUAACAACCCUCGAGGUUUCAACUUGGUGUGCGAUCCUGAGUUCAACUACGAUGUUCACUGGAAGCUGACUGUUUUCGACUAUCAAAGUGUUAGUCCCUGCCCUAGAAAAGCAUUAGGUACGGUACGACGAAGUUGUCAUGGCAGCAAAAACCACAAUGCAACGUGGGGAUUUCCCAGUUUUGUCAGUUGUGAGACACCGUCUUAUAARUCCCUUCAAGAAAAGGCUCAGAGCUUUGCCGAAGGAGCRCAAAAGAAGAUACCUUUUAAAGUCCUACAAACAAAUCUCAAAACAACUCCAAGCGAAAUAUUGAUUAAUAUUCAAAAACUGACAUUUGAGGAUACAUAUCGAGCAAUGCUGGACAUGGCGCACAAACAAGCAAACAGAUCGCUUAGUCACGUUAACAAAAGUUCCUUGCACGACAGUAAGCAUGGUCCCACAUUGCCUCCAAAGACAACACAGGCACARUCSAGGAAUCAAACAAUGAAAUCYCUUUUUUCAAAUGAUACAUUYAGUAUUCCUCUUCCUGUUCAAAACAGCAAAUCAUCAGCCAACAUUAUGGGUGGUCAAAUAGCCGAAACCAAAUCAUUCUCAAGAGAAAAUAUUCCAAAACCACCUCAAAAUAAGCCUGRAYCAAACCGUGUGGKACCAAACAGCAARCAUCCGCCAGUUGUGAAACCCCCUAAAGUACUUCUACCAAAGAAACCAGCRAAUAGUAUGCCUUCGGUUGUAAAACAACAACCUAACAUGGGACACAGCGCAAUCAUGAAGCCUAAUGCUGGAGUUGGUCCAGUAAGCGCUUCUCAAAACCCAGCUGCACAAAGGUCUUACUAUGGUAAUGUAGGGAAGAGUAGUCCUAUGUCUAAAGUACCACAAUCUCCUUACGAUUUGUACAAAAAACAAAUGGUUUUGAAGAGACUACAGGCUGCACAAGCCAAGCAAAGACUUUUGCACCAGCAGCAAGAGCAACAACGACAACAACAACAACAACAGCAGCAGCAGGAACAACAACAACAACAACAACAACGACAACAACAACAACAGCAGCAGCAGCAGCAACAACGUAAUAAUGUUUUUCAAAAUAGUCAGGCAGGCUUUGGACAACCAUUCCAAAGGAGCUGGCCAAACAACCCAAACAUGUACAACCGGUUUCCACAAGCUGGUCAAACCGGCUUUGGCGGAGUUCCUGGCUACGGAUAUGCAGGUUUUCGAGAUAAAGCUGCUGGUCAUCAUGAAAAGGAAGUCAGUCGAAAAAAGAGAGAUGUUGAGCUGRUCAGAGUUAAAAGACAGGGUGGAAAUAUGGUGUGGUAUAAUCAAGAAAGACAACAACCACAAAGACAAAUGGACUACAACCCAACMCCACAAAUCAAUGGUUAUAACAGAGAACCCAUACUAACGAAUACAAAAAUAGGCUACGAUGAUCCUGACGAUUCRAGGAAUGGYAUCAUUGAUGAGCGCUACUUCCAACAUCCAACUCCUGGCUAUCAAACUGCUACAUAUCGUCUUGGCGAAAACGGUUCUCCAACAGAAAUGCCUCAAAGUGGUACAGACUCUAAAAGUCAGCCAGGGCUKAGGUUUGGAUCGUAUCCAACYAAYAGGGUGACUGGAUUUGGUGAUGAGGACAGUCUUACUUCAGCAACRCCUGGUAAAGUUUUCCAAACACCAGGUACUUUCUCAAGUGGUCCAAAUCCUAACCA